UCUUAGGUCCGUGGAAAGAAGAGAAAGAAGAGUGUUCUGCCCAGCUUUAAAGUUCAGCAACGCCUGCUCUAUUAAUUGUAGCGUCAGAAAGGGUUUGUGCAAUGUUGAGACUACAGAGGCUGAUACACGUUCUUGACGUGAUUUGGGAGAAAAUGAGGAACGGAACUUGACAGUGAAAUCUACUGCAUUUGGAUUGUUUUUUAUUUAAGGAUUGGCGGAGCCAUAGGUGAUGUUAAAGUUCCACAUAAGAUGGAUGCGAUUUGUGAGUUAAAAAUGUCGACCUCGCAGCAUCCUUCUGCUGAUAAGGGCUUGGGUGGGCACGAAAGCGGCUCGACAAAAGAACAGAGUCCAUCUGCUGUUUGGAAAUCUCAAAAUUCUAAUGCAACUGUGCUCGAAGAAGCACUGAAAGGGAAAAGUGCAUUAGAAGAGCAGAAUGAAUUAGCACCUGAUGUUGAUAGCUUCAGGAGCAUGGACUCCUUUGAAGAAUCCAGGGGAAGUUCUUUCAAUGGGGCUAGUCAUCCUCCGGAACCCAUGGACACUGAUCUUGUGAAGACGGUAUAUGUGGCAAUAGAUCAAGAAAAGUCUAAUGCAGGGUGCUUGAUGAGAGGGCUCUCUGUAAAAGGUCCUUUUAUAGAAGAUCUCUCUAUUCGGGUUCCUGUGACGAAACCAAAUGCUGCUCUUCUAUCACCAGAUGGAACCUCUCCCGACGAACCGAAUGAGUCAGGUGCCGUGUCUUCUCCUUUUUCUGUUCCACAUGCAUUACAGUCAAUGGAAACAACAUUUUUACCACCAGAUUCCGAAGAAAAAGAGUGUGUUUGGGAUGCUUCCCUUCCCCCGAGUGGAAAUGUCAGUCCUCACAGCAGCAUUGACAGCUCCUGUGUGGCCACCGCAAUGAGUGUCGUGAACAGUUGCACAAACACAUACAGAAGUGAUGGGAUGACCAGCGAUGGUAUGCUUAGUUUGGAAAGGGCCUGCGAGAGCACAAAGGGAAGUGUUAUAGGGGACUCACUUGGAAGUGCUAAAACGAGCAUCAGUAGAGCGAGUGACAGCAGUGGUCUCAGUGAUGACAGCAGCUGGAGUAAUAUCACUGGAAGUGCUAAUAAGCCUCAUAAGGGAAAUGAUCCUAGAUGGAAGGCGAUUCUUGCAGUUCGAUCUCGCGAUGGUAUACUGGGUAUGAGCCACUUCCGACUGCUCAAAAGGCUUGGAUGUGGUGAUAUUGGUAGUGUUUAUCUGUCAGAAUUGAGCAGUACAAGGUGCUACUUUGCUAUGAAGGUGAUGGAUAAGGCAUCUCUAGCAAGCAGGAAGAAGCUGACAAGGGCUCAGACAGAAAGGGAAAUCCUCCAACUUCUUGAUCAUCCUUUCUUGCCAACCUUGUACACUCAUUUUGAGACUGACAGGUUUUCAUGCUUGGUGAUGGAGUUCUGCCCUGGUGGUGACUUGCAUACCUUGAGGCAGCGACAGCCAGGGAAGCACUUUUCUGAAUAUGCAGCAAGAUUUUAUGCUGCGGAAGUACUUCUGGCUCUUGAGUAUCUUCACAUGCUUGGAGUUGUAUACAGAGAUCUGAAACCAGAAAAUGUACUUGUUCGUGAUGAUGGGCACAUAAUGCUUUCUGAUUUUGAUCUAUCGUUAAGGUGCGCUGUCUCACCAACUCUGAUAAAAUCCUCGUCUUUCGACUCAGAUCCUUCCAAGCGGGCAGUGGGCGCUUUUUGUGUCCAACCGUCCUGCAUUGAGCCUUCUUCAGUUUGUGUUCAGCCUGCAUGCUUCAUGCCAAAACUAUUCCCACAUAAAAGCAAGAAAAAGACAAGGAAACCAUGGGCUGAGGCACCAAGGCAGCAGGUAGCCACCCUGCCCGAGCUUGUUGUUGAGCCAACAACUGCUCGAUCGAUGUCCUUUGUUGGCACACAUGAAUAUUUAGCCCCUGAAAUCAUCAAAGGUGAAGGCCAUGGGAGUGCUGUGGACUGGUGGACGUUUGGUAUAUUCCUGCACGAGCUCCUUUAUGGAAGGACACCGUUUAAGGGCUCAGGCAACCGGGCAACAUUGUUCAAUGUAGUAGGCCAGCAGCUUAGAUUCCCAGACACUCCGUCAACCAGCUAUGCAAGCAGAGAUUUGAUAAGAGGGCUUCUAGUGAAAGAGCCCCAGCAUCGGCUGGGCGUGAAGAGGGGGGCUGCAGAGAUAAAGCAGCAUCCCUUCUUUGAGGGUGUGAAUUGGGCGCUGAUUAGGUGCAGCACCCCACCGGAGGUGCCACGACCAGUGGAGGCCGAGCUACCAGCUAAGUUUGGGUCGGCCGAAGGAUUUGGGACGAGUGGCAAAAGGAUUGUGGGAGCAGAUGUGAAGUCUGGAGGUAAGUAUCUGGACUUUGAGUUCUUUUAGCUUGUAGCUUAUUGUUUGAUGCCUAUGUAUCGGUGCUUCAUCUAUUGAAAUCCAUCUGUUGCUGUGCUACAUGGUGACAUAUUCUUAACUGUAGCCAAAUAGUUCUAGUUUUGUGUUUCAAUAGAAAGUUGUUGGUUUCUUGUCUCCA